AUGCAAGGGGCUGGUCCGCGCCCCGACUGCCCCGUGCCCUCCGCUCAGGUGAGAGCCGGAGCCGGCGCCACGCGUCACUUCCGGUUUCAGGUGCGCCUGCCGGAAGAUACCCGGCCCACGGGCGAAGCCGCGGCGCGCUCGGACGGGCUCCGCGGCAGAAGGCUAGACGCCCACGGCGCGGGGCCACAGCCGCAUGGAGAGCCCGAGGCGCAGGUACUCUCACCCGGCCUUCUGUCCGGCUGCCGAACACUCACCCAGAACCACGCGGCUGCCCACACGAAAUCUUCGUCGCUACGGCCGCGACGGAGCGUUGAGACAGACCUUAGCGCAUGCGCCCUAGGUCUGUGCUAAGCACCGCCUCUGGGGGCGGGCAGGACCAACGGCGCCUGCGCCUUGUUGAGCUGUUUGUAAGCAAGGGUUUGCCACGUGCGUUGACCAAGGGGAGCCGCGCGUGGCCUUUGUCCUGGGCUAGGUUGGACUGUGUGGUCAGUCUGUAGCCAUUUGGGCGGCUUGUAUCAUUCUUCGCAAAUGUUAUCUAGUUUUAUGAAUUAAAAGAUAUUAC